AUGGUGGCGCAGCAAAGUGGCUGGUUCUACCACCGUCUUUGCCUUGGCGCAACCCCUGAACCGCAUUCCCAUCGCGACUAUCCCCCUUUUAAGCCAGUCGAUUACCAUGGUUCACUCAUGUGGGAGGACAACCAUUCCAUCUCCGCUGGGCCAGAGCCGCAUGGCGGAGAAUACACAUGCUACUCCGGCUUCCUCUCCUGUCUCAAUACGUACCCGUCGGGUUCGAACCAUGCGCUGGAGACCGGCUACGUUCUCCUUGAAUAUAUCCAACCCAAAGUCGGUAGGAUGCUGUCGAUGACCUGGAAGAAGUACCGUAACCAUCCUGAACGGCGACGUAGCCUCUUUAGAGGACUCUCCCGCCUAAUCCUUACACUCGCGCGUAUCCCUCAGCCUCGGAUCGGCUCCUGGCAAUUCCACAACAAUGGCACAGUUACUCGUAUCGAGCCCUACGUCUGGGAUGUCCUGAACAGUCUUGAUGCAUGA